AGCAUUCCACAAUCGAUUUUUGACCAAAUUUCGUGCUUAUAUCGUGAUGGCCCAGUCGUAUUUCCCCCGGGUAUCUUCGCCUGUGCAAGGAGCAGCAUCAUUUAGCAGGUUUUCUGGCGAGAAGCAUUCAAGGGUGGAGGACGUCCAGGAAGCAUAUAUUGAGCACAAGGGCCGUCUCGUCAAGGCGAUUGACGCAACCAAAUCCAUUCUCGCUGAUAUCCGUAUCUUCAACAAGGACGAAUGGGUCGUUCGCUACCCUCAGUUACGCGGGCAGGUUGAUACGGCCCCUUCUGCCAACCCCGGACGAUCCCUUCGCCAUUCGCUGUCCUUCGCAGAUGAUCCCACAACCGAGACCGACGUCGUUCUUUCCGGUGCCCGGCAGGGUAUGACACGGUCAAUUACUCUUGCGUCUAUUGCAGACGCAGCCGAGCCUGCAGGUGAAGAGGGUAUGCAUGCAGAAGAGAAGCGGGACGGACCAGAACGCAUUUUGCCCCAGUCUGAGUUCCAAGUCUUGCGACUCGAUCUCAAGCUCGGUGCCCACGGUUCCUCUACUUCGGCUGCUUCUCUCGUCUCCCAGCUUGAAAAGGCGUCCAUUGCCAAUCUGCUCGACGAUCGCAUCAUCUCUUCCCUCAACCAUAUCGACAAGCUCCGUCUCCGUAUUGAGGACACUUCAUCAAAGGUUCUCGUUACCGGUGAUCUCAAUGCUGGAAAAUCAACUUUUGUGAACGCUCUUCUCCGCCGUGAGAUCAUGCCCGUUGAUCAGCAGCCCUGUACUACCGCGUUCUGCGAGGUACAUGAUGCAGCCGAAAACGGGGGCGUGGAGGAAGUCCAUGUUCUCAUUGACGGCGUAACCUACAACAUUCAAGACGAAUCGACCUUUACUCGUGCCCGAAUAUCCGACCUCGAGGAUAUCGUCAGUGAGAACGAGGGCUCCGAAAAGGUGCUUAAGCUAUAUCUUGCUGACACACGGGCUCCUUCCGAGUCAUUACUUAACAACGGUGUCGUUGACAUCUCCCUCAUUGAUGCCCCCGGUCUCAAUCGCGAUAGUCUGAAGACUACUGCCUUAUUCGCUCGCCAGGAGGAAAUUGAUGUGGUCGUUUUCGUUGUCUCCGCCGAGAAUCAUUUCACCCUGUCAGCGAAGGAAUUCUUAUGGAACGCCAGCAACGAGAAGGCCUACCUGUUCAUCGUUGUUAACAAGUACGACCAGAUUAAGAACAAGGAAAAGUGUCGUCGGAUGGUUCUUGAUCAGAUCAAACAGCUCAGCCCUCGCACCUAUGAGGAUGCUGAGGAUCUUGUUCACUUUGUUGACUCUGCCGCCGCUCUGCAACCUUUUACAGCCAGCCCAUCCUUCGACGACCUUGAGUCAUCUUUGAGGUCAUUUGUUCUCGUCAAACGCUCGAAAUCUAAACUUAAUCCCGCAUCGACUUAUCUCGUCCAUCUCCUCUCUGACAUUGAUCUUCUCGCUGGCGCGAAUGCUCUUGUUGCGGAUUCAGAGCUACAGCGGUCAAGGGAGGACUUGGAGCAAGCUAAGCCUGUUUUGGAGAAGAUGCAGAGCAGCAGAGAUGCGCUGGAGGAGAGUUUGGAAGCCGUCGAGGAACAAGGCGCCACUUAUUCUUCGAGCAAGACCAAGUCUGUGUUGGGUGAUGCCUUGGAGCGCGUAGGACAGGGACGUCUCGGCGCGGAAAAUGGCACUGUUUCCAUGCCAUCAUACCCCGGUCUCUUGGGUAUUUGGAGUUACGCCCGCGACGUCAGGACUGCCUUGCUUGCCAGCAUCGACGCAGCAGUCAGACUGGCUGAGGAUGAGGUCAGAGUCAUCACGAGCCAAUCCGUUGACAAGAUCAAAGACCUUGCUGAAGAGCAUUUGCCAGUGGGUGUUGAACGAAACAAGAGAGUGUUCAUGCCCGAGGCCAUGUUUAGCACUGUUCGACGAGCUGGCAAAGGUGCUAAACAUCGGCGCGCCGGAGGUGCCGUCGUUGCAGGUGGCGUUAAUGGUUUGGGAAUUAGUCUUGCUCAACGCCCAGAGAUGCUUGAGACCUCUUUCUCGGAUCUUUUCGACGUUCAUCAUCAAUUCUGGCUGCAUUUCGGAGACGGAAAGGCCGAAGACGACUCGGCUGCACCAACUGCUUUGGGGCUUCUGAGCGUUGGUGUGGGCGCCCUUACGAUGGUCGGUGGUCAAGCCAUUGGUGCACGCGGAUUGAUAGAAGGAAUCAUUCGAGUGACUGAUAUCUUUGGAAAUGAGACCGCCAGAAAGUGGGCCGCGCCUAUCCUUGGUGCAGUUACCAUCGGUCUCACCGCGUACGUUGUCUUGGAGUUACCAAACUCCAUUCCCAAGACUGUUGGCAGGCGAGUGAAGGACUCUGUGACGCGGGCCGAUGGGGAGGAAGAGGAUACGUUCAUUGAGGUUCAAGCAGGCAGGAUUAGUAGGGAGGCCAGGAAGGUUUUGAGACUGGCAUCUUGGGAUCUCCGAGGAAGAUUCACGGGGGCUAUGGAGGAGAGAAUAAGGGAAGUCAAGGUUGCUGAGGAGAUGGAAAAGAAAGCUUCAAGGGCCAAGGAGUGGUUCAGUGACGUGUCCAAGAGAACAGCGGCUGUUCGAGUACUUGCUGAUCUUGGCAGGGAUUAAUAUACCUCAGGUCUGUUUGGUUUCUUCCACCGGUUUAUAAUGAUCUUCGCAAUUCUUUCGAAAAUACAGAGAUGCAGUAGUGCUUUGGCCCCUUCCCCCCCGUUCUUAAAUAAUGUUUUGUACUUAAACCUUAUGCUUUACAUGCCUCUGUUAUACUUAUUUACGACAUUCAUUUGGUUUGCACGAAUUCUCUAUGAGAUAAAGGCUGUUCAACAGAUGAUUGCAAUCGUGAUUUUGGGGUUUAGAACCUUGU